AUGGACGAUUUCAACGCCACUGUCAAAGCUGCUCUGGGUGACGAGCUGGUUACGAUCACGUUGGAAGAUGCGACGGAGACUUACACCGUCUCUAAAGCUCUCCUUUGUGAUGCAUCGGACUACUUCAAGAAAGCUUUGAACGGUAACUUUCAAGAGGCCGGCACCCGCACACUCUGUCUCCCUGGCUGMGACGAUCAGACAUUCCGGUACUUCAUGUUCUACCUUGUCAAGAAGACACUUCCUAGCUGCGAAGCCUUGAGAAACCAGAACGAUGACGGCGGAGUGUCGAUGGCCCGACUCUGGAUUUUCGGGGACUAUUUGACGCCAAAACUCCUCCAGCUCCAAGACCUGGCCAUGAUGCGAAUUCUUGAAAUAAUGGGGGGAACUGUAGAGGUGGAUCUGGUUGAGAUGGUACUCGCGAAUGCACCAGAAGAGUGCGUCUUACGCACUGCUGUUCUCCAAGAGCUCGUGUACGACAUAAAUUCAGUUCGGAAUCUCUACGACGUGGACGACAUGGACCGACUAGGAGCUAUCCCUGGCUUCUUUUACGCCUUCAGAUGUCUUGCUUCGUCGCAGCGCUCUCAUCGAGUGAACAAGGGUAAGGACUUUGUUGCCCCCUCGAACCGUUCGGACGUCAGUGAGUACAUGGUGAGCAAGUCAGCCGGGGACGAAUGA